ACAAUACUCUCUCUCUCUCUCCACCCCCAAAAACCCAUUACAAUUCACAACACAACCCCUCCCUCUUUCUCUCUCUAAAAACUCUCUAAUCUCUCUCUCUCUCUAAAACCUGCAUGCGUUAUUAAAUAUUGCUUGGAUUUGAAACGUCUCCACAAAUGAAGUUGAAUUGAAUUUUUGAUGAGGAGGAGAUCUGCACCUGUGCAGGUUGAGGAGGAGGAGGAGGCGGCGGCAGCUGUGGCGGCGGCGACAGACGAGGGGCUGACAGCAGUGCUGACGCCGCCGCUGGCGCUGGACGGCGACCGGCCGCCGAACGUGGUUCAGCGCGUGUUCAGCCUCUUCCGGAAUGUACGGCCAGGAUCUGAUCUCACCCAUUUCCAGCUACCUCCUCUCUUCAACAUGCCGAAGUCGCAGCUUCAGCUGUAUGGUGAAGGGGUUUACUGCAUUGGGGAGGACUAUCUUAGCAAGUGUGCUAAAGCGAAGAGCAGCCUCGAAAGAUUUACGUCGGUCGUCGCGUGGAGCAUAUCGACGACGAGGCCUGCGAUCUUCGGCUUAGCUCCGUUCAACCCGAUCCUCGGAGAAACUCAUCAUGUUUCAAAAGGAACCCUCAAUGUCCUACUUGAGCAGGUUGCACAUCAUCCUCCAGUAUCUGCUCUCCAUGCAACUGAUCAAGAAGAGAAUAUACAGAUGGUAUGGUGCCACAACCCUGUCCCCAAGUUCCAUGGAACUAGUGUUGAAGCAGUUAUCCACGGAAAGAGGCAGCUAAGGCUUUUGAGCUUCGGCGAGAACUAUGAGAUGAAUUCACCGAACUUGUUAAUAAGAAUACUUCCUACACCUGCUGCUGAAUGGGCAGGAACUGUCAGAAUAAGCUGCAAAGAUUCAGGUCUAGAAGCCGAAAUGUGCUUCCACAGAAGCCAUUCUUUCUUAGGCUUCGGUGGGAAUUCGAGGGCCGUAAAGGGAAAGAUCUUCCACUCCAAGUCAUUAAAGACGAUAUAUGAAAUCGACGGCCUAUGGGACAGAACUGUUUCAUUGAAGGAUGUUCACAGCGGAAAAUUUUCGGUACUUUAUGAUGCCGAGGAGGCGAUAUCAAAACUUAAGGCUCCGAUUGUAAAGGACCGAGAGAGCUUAUUGCUAACUGAAUCAGCAGUGGUGUGGGGUGAAGUGAGCCAAGCCAUACUGAACAAGGAUUGGGAGAGAGCAUUCCAAGCAAAGAGGAGCAUAGAGGAGAGAGAAAGGAAGAAGCAGAGAGAGAGAAAGUCUAUGGGGGAAGUGUGGAUACCAAAGCACUUCUCCUUAUCCCACACAAAGGAAGGCCAGUGGGAGUGUUGGCCACUGAAACAAGCAGUCCCACCUGCUCCAAUUGUUGUCCCACCACAGGAUAAAAGAAUUUAGUUUAGACCAAGAAAAGUGAAUUCUCAUUUGGCUCUGAUGUAUUGAAUAUGUUGUCUUUGAUAAAGUGGAUGAUAGAGUUUAUUAUCACUGUGUAUACUGUGAAAUAAGUUAUUAUACAAGUUUAAUAUCUAGUGCUUCUUUCCAUUUA